AUGUCAUCAAAUUUACUCCCGGCAGCAGAGAAUUCUGCAGAUAAAGGAAAUGAUGACACAGUCAAAAAGGACAGGCCUUAUAAAAUCUUUUUCAAAGACCUCUUUCUUUUUAAAGAAAAUGAAAUGGCAGCCAAGUCAAGGGAAAAAGCUAAGAACCGUACCAUGAAAAUCCACCAGAAGUCGACUUUUUCAUCCCGAAUGAAGAGUCGUUCACACCUGAGCCAAAUAACUUACCACUCUGAAACAAGCGGCUCGUUUGAAAAAUAUGGACUAGAUCCCAGUCUCGUUCUCAGAUUAACAGAAGGUUCAGACACAAAAAGGAGUGUUCAUGAAUUUAUUAAUGACCAGAGAGACAGAUUUCUGCUUGAGUACACUCUGGCAACCAAAAGAAACACAAUAAAAAAGUUUGAAAAACACAUGGUGAGGAAAGAAAGACAACUCACAAAAGCCGAAAAAAAACUCCAAGACGACGCAAUGGCCUUUGAAGAGUUCCUUCGAGAAAAUGACCAGCGAUCUGUAGAUGCUCUUAAAAUCGCAGCACAAGAAACAAUCAACAAACUCCAAAUGACAGCAGAGCUAAAGAAAGCAACGAUGGAGGUUCAGGCUGUGAAGAGCGAAAUAGCAAAAGCAGAAUUCCUCCUCAGUGAGUACAUGAAAUAUGGGUUUUUCCUGCUGAAAUUAUCUCCAAAGCAUUGGCAAAUCCAGCAGGCCCUGAAAAGAUCGCAGCCAAAAGCUAAAGCAAGCACCAUCCUUCCGAAACUAUUAACAAAACUCACACUACAGCCAAAUAAAAAAGAAGACAUCCCUGAGGAUUCUGCGCAGGUAUCAGUCAUUUCAGAAGACUCUACUCAGGGAAAAAGUCCCCAAGCAAAGUCAGUCAAGCGGUUCCCUGCCACUCCAGAGAAAACAAAAUCAGUGAUAUCAAGCCAGACUGAAAGUAUCACUUCGGAAGACAGUUCGGAAUUCAAUUUGGAGGAUGUGGACUUUGAGCUGGAGCCAGUGCUUUAUUUCAAAGAACCAGAAGAAUUACUCGCAGUCCUUACAGAGCUGGAAGAGCAGAAUCUUACUCUGGUCCAAUAUUCCCAGGAUGUAGACGAAAAUCUCGAAGAUGUAAACAAAAGAGAAAAAGUUAUACAGGAUAAAAUAAAUGCCAACAUAGAGUUUCUUUUGGAGCACAAGGAAAUGCUAAAGGCUAACUGUGUGAGAGAAGAGGAAAAAGCAGCAGAAUUGGAAUUAAGGGCCCGGCUAUUUAGUUUUGGAGAAUUUAAUUCAGAAACGCAGGAAAAACUGAUAGAUUCACUUAGUAGAAAAAUUAAUCAAGUGUACAGAGUCUGCAUUGGAGAUGCGGAGGUUGGCAGCCUCAACCCAGUUCAAAAGCUGGUAAAAGUAGAGUCUCGCCUGGUGGAACUAACUGACCUCAUAGAGUCCAUUCCCAAAGAAAAUGUGGAAGCAAUUGAGAGGCUGAAACAGAAAGAACGGCGGCAAAAGUUGCGUGAAGAGAAACUGAAAGAAAAACAAAGACACCAGGAGGAAAGGCUAAAAGCUGCUCUGGAAAGAGCGGUAGCACAGCCGAAGAAAAAGGUGGGAAGACGACUUAUACAUCGUUCAAAACCUCCAUCUGGUAACAAACAGAGAUUACUUUUAAGCCAGGAUACAAGAACAAAAAUACAAGAGGAAGAGUUUUUUUUCACUUGAAAAGGAGCAGUUAAGACAUUUCAUUGCC